GCGGCGGCGGCGGCGGCGGCGCCAACAGCAACUGCAACUGCAACAGUAGCACUAGCAUUAGCUCUGUGGCCGCUGCUGCCACAGUUGCCAUGAGUUGUGCGGAGGUGAUGUAUCACCCUCAGCCAUAUGGAGCAACCCAGUAUUUGCCCAACUCAGUGGCAGCAGCAUCCUGCCCCACAGCUUAUUACCAUACCGCUUCCCAAUCCAGCCAGCAGAAAAAGUUAGCAGUAUACAGCAAGAUGCAGGAGUCUCUGGAAAUGACCCUUCCCAGCAAACAAGAGGAGGAGGAGGAGGAGGAUGAGGAGGAGGAGGAGGAGGAGGAGGAGGAGGAGAAAGACCAGCCUGCCGAGAUGGAGUACCUUAACUCUCGAUGUGUCCUUUUCACUUAUUUCCAGGGAGACAUUGGUUCAGUAGUGGAUGAACACUUCUCAAGAGCUUUGGGCCAACCCAGCAGCUUCCAUACAGAAUCUGCCAUUUCAAAAAGCAAGAUGGGGCUAACCCCCCUAUGGAGAGACAGCUCAACUCUUUCAAGCCAGAGAAGUAGUUUCCCAACUUCAUUUUGGACCAGCUCUUACCAACCUCCACCUCGGCCAUGUAUAAGUGGAGUUCACCCAGACUUCUCAGUCACUGCACCAGGCACCUUUGCAGCAUCUGAUCCUGGUCCCUGGCCAGGACACAAUUUGCAUCAGACUGUUCCUCCUCCACCCCCUCCUGUGUCAGAGUCCUGGCACUAUCCACUGACAUCUCAGGUGAGCCCGUCAUACACACACAUGCAUGAUGUAUACAUGCAUCACCAUCAUCCCCAUCCGCACAUGCACCACCGCCACCAUCACCACCCUUCUGCCAGCUCCCACUUGGAUCCGCGCUAUGGCUCUUUGCUGAUGCCUUCAGUCCAUACAGCCAGGAUUCCUGCUCCCCAGUGUGACAUUACAAAGACAGAUCCUACUACUGUUACCACUGCUACCUCAGCAUGGGCUGGAGCCUUUCAUGGAACAGUGGACAUUGUGCCAAGUUUUGGAUUCGAUUCAGGUCUGCAGCACCAGGACAAGGGCAAGGAGUCUCCUUGGUUCUGAAGCACACAAUGGAAACAAAAUAAAGCUGGAUUGGAAUCCCAGAACAACUGGCAUGGAACUGUCCUCAGUGUUUUCUUGUUUCUGCAUGAGGACAAGAUACAUAUACAUGGAAGGAGAAGAUGAAAAGUCAGCCAUUUUUAUAUUGUUUUGAAGUCUUUUUUUUUUGAGAAGGUUCAAUGGGACCUAGAACAGUGAAAAAAAAUCUUUUUGUUUGAUUCUUCCCCUGAGUCUGUGCAAGUCUCCUCCUCUUUGAUCUUUUCAACAGCAUGGUUUAUUUUCAUUUAAUUUUUAAUGUUUUGUUUUGUUGUUGUUGUUGUUAUUUUAAACAAACCAUCUUGUUUGUCAGGAAAAGCCAAACCACAAUGGCAAUGUUCAUCCUUUCAGAAAUACAAUUUUGUAGCUCUCUGUGCAUCUAUUUUUGUAGAAAUACAGAAGUAUGGUCUUGCAUUGAUGGGCUAUUUUAGAGGGAUGUAUUUUUUUUUAAUUGUAAAAAUUGUUAAGUUCUGUUUAAAGAACUUGCUCUCAGAGAAGCACUGGCAACAAUGUAUAAAAAUGCUUACUUGUAGAUAUCUGCAAUGUGAUGUGUGUCUAUGUUUUUACAGGUUACCUCAAGUGUUUGAUAUUUUCAGUAGUACUAUUGCCAAACAAAUCUGGUAUGGUUUUCACAUGACAGUGCUUUGAAAUGUUGAAACUUUCAACCCUUGCCCUACCUUGUACAGCUAUUAGGGGCAUAUAAGGCUUCAGAGAAAAGUUCUUUAAUGCUCAUGGUAGAACAGAAAAUGAAUUAUUUCUUUGGUACCAUUUGAAGAGUUUUCCUAUAGUAUUGUAAUUGUAUUCCCAACUAGUCCAGCCCGCAUCACUGUAUCAAAAUUCGUAUGGGCCCACAAGAGAACUGGUAAUCCAUUAGUUCCAAUGAAUCAGCUCCAUUGUUUCAAAUUAGCUGUUCUUGUUAACAUAAAUUCCCAUUGUGUUAAGUGGAUUUCUUUUUCCUGGUAAGAGAUCUAGAGAGGGGAUAUGCAAGUUUUGUAAGCAAGGUGUUCUACAAAUCACAAAGCUAUAAGCUUAGUGGUUAUUUCAUGAGAGUAUUCUAAAAUCCAUGUUGUCUUUUUUUUUCUCCCUCAGAUAUCUGAGGGAGGUAUCUCCCUCCCAGAUAUCUGAAACCAAGAGAUAGCUUGGUGUGUAGAUGGAAACCUUGCCUUAGAAUCCCACAAAUCUGGGUUCAAGUCCUAUAUUUCAUACAUACUGGUUCUGGACCCCUGGGUAAAUCCCUUAACCCUUCAUUGCUCCAAAGAGUUUUCUAAAACUCUUACGUUUUGAAGAGAAUGUGCUAACUUGCAUUUGUAGAGAGAUUGUCUUCACUUUGUAGUCCCUAUGUCAGUGCAACCAUAGGCCCAGUUCCUCUCCAUGCCACCUAAAGAGAGUACAUAUACUCUGUAAUAUUUCCAGCAUAAGUUUUGUAGUUCUUGAAGUACAUUCUUUUCUUUCUUAAGUGAAUAGGAAAACCUGUGGUUAUGAUCUGAAGCAAGGAAAAGUUUGAUUUGGGUUUUUAAUCAGGAUCAUUUAGAAAAGUUAAUAAACUGAAAAUUUGAAGAUUCUGAAAGGUAAAGCACAGAUCAAAUCAGAUGAAACUUUACUUUUAUGCUAUUGACUUGUAUAGAACAUGGACUGGCAUUGAGAAUCAACCAACAGAAUGAUGUCUUCAAUAUUUGCAAAAGAAAAAUAGGCAUUAAUAUUCCUAUUUUUUUUCAAUGGCUAAAAUAUAAGACUUGUUUACUUUUUUGGUGACUCAGAGAUGAGCAAAGUUCAAAAAUUAGCUCCAAGAAUUUCUAAGUUUUGUUUGCUGAGAUGAUUUCUCAUUUUCCUCUCUUUUAUGAAAUUCAAAGUACAAUAAAUUAUCACUAUAAAGCUUGAAGUAUAUAUUUCUCUGUGUGUGUAUCUAUCUAUCGAUAAAUAAAUCUUAGUUUGUUAAAAAUGCCAUAAACUUAGCUAGGCUGGGUUUUCAUAGCUGAUUUUCAGAUCUAUGGUUAUAUGCAACUCUUCUUUUUAUCUUACAACCUGUAUAUUCUUUCCAAUGUAUUGUUUGGAUUCUAGACCUUUACCUUAUCUCCUUCCCUUUUUCCCUAUGUCUCUGUUUCAUGAUUUCCUUUCUAACUGGACACAAUUUUCACACAAUAUGCUCUAAAUUGCCUUCAUUUCUUUUUGGGAUGUAGUCCAAAGUUAGGGUAUCUUCCAUAUAUGGAUAUUAGAUGUUAAUUUUAAUAACUAGAUAUUGCUUUAAUUUUUACAAAGUGCUGUACAUAUGUUAUUUCCAUUAUUGUGCUCAUUUUACAUAUAAGGAAACUGAAGCAGAGGUUAAGUGAUGCUAGUACAUGAAAUGUAAUUUGAACUCUCUCCAAGUUCAGUGCUUAACUUACUCAGCCACUGAGCUAUCUCCCACUCAGUAGGAUAUGGGCUUGCCCUUUAGGAAAUUAUAGCCUGGUUAAUGGUGUUGAUUCUGUUAUUCAGAAUGAUAGGUGGAAACUAUGUUCUGAAGAAACUACAUCAUAACCAUUUACACUUAUCCUUAUAUGCUUUAACAUCAUUUCUACUCAGCAGUGGAAAAGUCAAAGAUUUAUACUAGAGCCUUGAUCACAAUAUAUUACUACUUAAUCAUUGGAUUAUCAAUUUGGGAAAGCAAGUUAUAAAAGAGUGUUCCUGAAUGCCCCUUUUCUAAUUCUAUCAAAAAAUACAGACUUUAUUCUAUAGCUAAGGCAAGAAGUCCUAGAUUCAAGUAUUGUGUCUGAUACCUACUUGUUGUGUUACUCUGGACAAAUCAUUUACUCUAACCAUGUUCUGGGCCACUCUCUAAAGCUAUAGGUUGCAGAAAAAGUGCCAGCCACAUUAGUAGAAGGAAGUUUCUCAUCAUGGGAAUCACAAGUCAAUCCUUAUUUCCUGGUUAUUUUCUAUAAGUCAAACUUUCAGAACUUGAAUUUCCAUUCAUUCAGGUGAGGUAAAAAAUUAAAAACCAAUGCAUGCUCUGGUUUCUUAAAUAUACAAAUUCAUAAAGAAAUGAGGUGGAUGAUUCUAUAGUCUAUAUAUAUUCUGUAUUUCAUGGAAUUUAUUUGUAUUCAUUACGGACUCCAACGUUCUGCCUCAAGUAGCUAAUGCAAUUAAUUGACUUAGCAUAUCAAGAUUUGGGAUUUUUUUCUCCCUUGUGCUUUAGAUUUUCUUGGCAGCAGAGUUAAAAAUCAUUGCAUUUGAAAUUGGCCAUUAAUUUACUUAUCUACAAACUUAAAGAAAGGUGGUAAGAUCUGGUAGGAAAAAAAAAAUCUCCAUAUGAGGGGAGGGAGGAGAAAUACUUUAUAAAUAAUCUCAGUCAGUGAUUUACUCAAGUUUAGGAAAGAAGAAACUAUUAGAAGCAGAUGUAUACAAUGUGUCUGUUAUUAAAGAUGGAAAGAGUUUACUAUUACCAUUCCAGUUACAAAGGAGUAUUGAUGGCAGUUAAAAAUACUAUGAUCAACUUUUCAGGCAGAGAGGAGAAGGCAAAUCCUUUUAAAAGUAUUACUGAAAGUACCUUACCAGUUUUAGUAUAUAGUACAAGCAAAUACUCAACCCUUUUAUUCAAUAGGGCAAGAGAUAGUCACUCUUUAUGAAAGGAUAAAUAAUUCUUAUAUGUUACUUACAUUGGUGUCAGUCAUUAUCUUUAGAGAAAAGUAAUUUUCAUUCUGUCAUAAAAUAACCUUAAAACACUCUUAGACCCAUGAUGAAAACACUUGUCUUUGAAGAUAUUAUUUAUAUGAGAUUACCAUUCACAUAACAGUUGAAAUUUAAGAUUCUUUUGAUAGGCUUUUUCUCUAAUCCUUUCUGAGAAUUAAUUGUACCAAAGGCACUCUCUUCACUAUUAAUAUUUAUCAGAAGGCAUAGACAUUAUUUUAUGUCUUUUAUCUUCCAUAAUAAUAAGAUUUUAAUCUUUAUUUUUUUUUUUAGUUUUGUCUAAAAGUGUCAAAAACUACAUCUACUAGUUUUCUUCUUAUACCUGUCAGUGCAAUUGAUAUGCCCCAAUAAUUCAAUAUGGCUUCUUGCUUCUUCCUUGCUUGCAUCAGUCCUAGAUCAUUAAGUAUAAUGUGCCAAUGUAACAGCACAUGGGACACAAAUGAAGGGGACUGAAGACUAUUUAAUAGCAAACAUUAUUCUUUCAAAAAAAAAUCAGGAAAGAUAUAUUUCAUGAAUGAUCUCUCUUUUAGAAGGAAAAUUCACUUAAUUUUAUAAAACAAAAUCAAUAUCAAAACUUUUCUUUGCCCUCUUAAUAGAGUAUAUUUCUUUAUGUAAUGGGUUAGGGCAAUAAUCACUAAUUACUAAUUUAUAUGGAUUUUGAUUUCUGAAAAUAAUUAGAAUCUUGAAAAAAAGCUAAUUCACAACUGAAAAUCCACACAUACAAUUUUAAAAAACUACAACACAGAAUUAGAUUUUCCUUUUUAUUCUUAAGGGAAAAUGUUCUCUGGAUUCUUUUUAGUUCUUAACUAUUCGAGUAGGAAAACCAAAAUUGGAAAAAGGAAUUGCUACCUAACAGUGCAAAUGCUAUAAUUUAUAUUAUAUCGCUUUGGGAAACUGCAAGCUAAUAUAGAAAACAUAUUUACCAAUAUUGGUAGGCAAAGUAAAUCCAAGUUAGGUCUACAAACAGUUUUUGUACUAGUUGAAGUCUGCAUUUCUAGGAUGGAAGAUUUACACUUCUCAGCAGCACUAAAUAUCUACGAAAUCACACUAACAAGACUUUUGGUCUCUAGAGUUGGAUUACAAAUGAUGGUAUUUUCUCCAACAACAACAACAAAAAAAACACCUCCAUAUUUCCCUUGCUCCUACAAAUUCUGAUCAUCCCUCAAUGAAACUGCCAUUGGUAUAUGUAAAUGAUAUGAAAUGAAGAACUUUGUAUUUAAAAAGUGUCAUUGUUUAAUAAGUAAUUUAAUGUGAAUUUUUAAUGAUUAUAUUUUAAUGUAACAUUUUGUUUUGUUCUGUAUUUCUUGACAAUUAGCUAUUGAGCUCUUGUUUUCUUCAUAUUCAACAAAAAAACUCAUAAAUAUCUUUAUAAGUUGCA